AUAAGCCGCGAGACUGCGCACUGAGAGAUUGUUUGUGCUGCUGGUGUUAUACUGACGACAAAAUGGUGCAACUUUCUAAAACUGGAACGAGAGACACGCUGAAAGGUGGACAUCUUCCUGCAGUGAAAGCAGGAGGGAAAAGAGUUGUGAAGAAAUGUGGUGAAGAUAAUGCAAAUAUGGAGAAAGAGGCCAGGAAACCUGAUAAAUCCAGGUUCCUGCUCGCCACCUCCAGAAUGCAACACCUGAGUCUUCUCCUGGUUGGUCCACUUGAGAAGUUGGGUCAUGACUUCCCUGAAACUCCGGUUUCUGUGCGACACAGCAAAGUCCGACCCAGCAUGGAGAAGCCACACGUGCAGCGCAGCUUCUGCAUUCAACAGCCGCGCAAGAUGUGAUCUAAAUGUCUUCCGCUGCUGUGCUUAUGACGAAAUGAUGUGCAUAAGACAAUCAAGAAGUGCUAUUUUGGGUAAAUUACAUGCAUUGUGGACCAGACUGUCGUACUCGUAGCAUUGAUACAAAGUUCAUGUUUGGCCAAUUUAUUUGAUAUUUGUUCUAGAUUUGCAGCCUUUUGAUUUCUUACCACAUAGAUUUAGUUCUUGCUCUGUGUGUGGAACAUUCACUAACCGAGUGUGAAUUAAAUCUAUCCUGUAGGAUGUUUUGAUGGCUGCCUUAAAUGACGUUUCAUGUAUGAAUGUUUGGAAGCUGUAGCAUAAAAAUGUAGCAUUAAAAUGCAUGCUGUUUAUGAAAAAAGAAAAUGUAUAUUUUUGAUAAAGCCAAACCAACUUUGUAAAAAAAAAAAAUACACACAAAAAAAAACAAAUUGUAUCAGUAAAGUUCACUUUUCCAGCAA